ACGGGGCGGGGCCGGCGCGCCGGGGGGCUGCGGCGGCGCUGCGGGCGGGCGCGGACCUUGCCCGGGGCUGGCGGACCCGGGAACCCGCGGGCUGGCGGGCUGGCGAUCGCGCGGGCGCGGCCCCUGCGGGCAGGAGCCUCGGGCCGCCGCAACGCCGGACCGCCCGCCUCCCUGCUGCCGCCGAGAUGAGUGCAGUGUCGGAGCCCCAGGCUGCUCACAGCCCCCUGGAGAAGUCGCCCAGCACGGCCAUCCUGUGCAACACGUGUGGAAAUGUGUGCAAGGGGGAGGUGCUGAGGGUCCAGAACAAGUAUUUCCACAUCAAGUGCUUUGUCUGUAAAGCCUGUGGCUGUGACCUGGCCGAGGGCGGCUUCUUCGUGCGCCAGGGCGAGUACAUCUGCACGCGGGACUACCAGAGGCUCUACGGGACCCGCUGCUUCAGCUGCGACCGGUUCAUCGAGGGCGAGGUGGUGUCCGCUCUGGGCAAGACCUAUCACCCCGACUGCUUCGUGUGCGCCGUGUGCCGGUUGCCCUUCCCGCCUGGGGACCGAGUGACCUUCAACGGGAAGGAAUGCGUGUGUCAGAAGUGCUCCCUGCCCAAGACAGCGGGCGGCAGCGUGCACCUGUCCCAGGGCCUCUGGAGUUGCGGGGGCUGCGGCACGGAAAUUAAGAACGGCCAGUCCCUGGUGGCUUUGGACAAACACUGGCACUUGGGCUGUUUUAAAUGCGAGACGUGUGGGAAACAGCUGGACGCGGAAUACAUCAGCAAGGACGGGCUGCCCUACUGCGAGACCGACUACCACACCAAGUUCGGCAUCCGCUGCGACGGCUGUGAGAAGUACAUCACGGGGCACGUGCUGGAGGCAGGAGAGAAACACUAUCACCCCUUGUGUGCGCUAUGUGUCAGGUGUGGCCGGAUGUUUGCGGAAGGCGAGGAGAUGUAUCUUCAAGGUUCCUCCAUCUGGCACCCGGCGUGCCGACAAGCAGCCAGAACUGAAGACAAAAACAAGGAAACCAGGAGUUCCUCAGAGAGCAUCAUUUCUGUCCCUGCUUCCAGCACCUCGGGGUCUCCGAGCCGCGUGAUCUAUGCGAAGCUGGGCGAUGAGAUUCUCGACUACAGGGACCUGGCUGCCCUUCCCAAAAGCAAGGCCAUCUACAACAUCGACCGCCCCGACAUGAUCUCCUACUCGCCGUACAUCAGCCACUCGGUGGCGGACAGACAGAGCUGCAGCGAGUCCCCACAGGUACUCUCGCCAACACCGACAGAGGGGGAUCAGGACGACCGUUCGUACAAGCAGUGCCGGACCUCCAGCCCCAGCUCCACCGGCUCCGUCAGCCUCGGGCGCUACACCCCGACCUCGCGGUCGCCCCAGCACUACAGCCGUCCAGCUGGUACUGUGAGUGUUGGUACCAGUAGCUGCCUGUCCCUGUCCCAACACCCAAGCCCUACAUCCGUGUUCAGACAUCAUUACAUCCCCUACUUCCGAGGCAGUGAAAGUGGCCGGAGCACCCCCAGCCUCUCGGUGCUCUCAGACAGCAAGCCUCCCCCCUGCACCUACCAGCAGGCUCCUCGCCACUUCCACGUCCCAGACACUGGCGUAAAAGAUAACAUCUAUAGGAAACCCCCCAUCUACAAACAGCAUGGUCCUGUAGCCCAAUCCCCAAUUUCCAAGCUCUCGGGCCUGAUGUCAGUCUUGUCCUUGGUGGUGCACAAGGCAGGGUGCUCCAAAAGGCUAGAAGGUCCAAGCCCUCUGCGGGCUGCAGCCGCGAGGCGACCGGACGGAGAGGACGGCGGUUUCGAGCAGGAUAACAGGAAGCAGAAGACCAGCUGGCUGAUUCUCAAGGGGGACGCAGACACUAGGACUAAUUCUCCAGACCUAGACAGCCAGUCUUUGUCCCUCAGUAGCGGGACCGAUAGAGACCCUCUCCAAACAAUGCAAGGGGACAACUUUUACUCACGAUCCCCCUAUUCCAAAUCUGACCCUCUCCCAGGACACGGAAAGAAUGGCCUGGACCACCGGAACGCCAAUCUGGCCCCUUGUGGAGCAGACCCGGAUGCCAGCUGGGGCACGCGAGAAUACAAGGUCUACCCUUAUGACGCCCUCAUUGUCACAAACCGAAUUCGCGUGAAACUGCCCAGAGAUGUGGACCGCACGAGACUGGAGAGGCACCUGUCGCCCGAGGAGUUCCAGGAAGUGUUUGGGAUGAGUGUGCAAGAGUUCGACCGCCUGGCCCUCUGGAAGAGGAAUGACCUCAAGAAGAAAGCCCUGUUGUUUUGACGGCCUCCAGCGUGCCAGCGACAGAGCGUGGGACAGCUGGCGAGAACCACAGAACCCCCUCCUUCCGCACCUGGCUCUGGCUUCUCUGUGUCCCUGCGGGCGGGCGGCGGGCCCCUGGAGAGGGCGGGGCGGGAGGCUGGGGCGGGAGGAUGUUCCAGAGCGGGUGCGGCCUCUAGUUUCUGCCAGCUACGCUCCUGCCCCUAGUUCAGAGCCCAGACGCCUUGCUUCGCGCUGCACGUGUAACCCACAUCACGGAGGGGCUGCAAAGAUGCUCCCGGGGCUCGAGGAACAUUUACCUUGACCGUGCGGCGCCCCCCCACCCCCACCCCUGUGCAGUGCUCCACCCCCCGUGAUAGGCCCUGGGGGGCACGGAGGUGCCUGGGCCUUGGGAUUUGAGGAGGUCUGUCAACGACAGACGCUGGCACGACACAAUCACGGGUGGGUGGGCCUAUGGCUCCCAGCGCCUGCUCCCCGCCCCCCUCCCCCGCUUGCUCAGCCCUGGGGAGGCACAGCCUCGCGCACAGACAGGCCAGGCCUGGCCGGGGAGAGCGCUGAGGAGCACCCAGGGCCGCUCGAAGCGAAGCGUGGGGUGCAUGAUGUUUGCCGCCGUUUGUGACGAGUCUGUUUUUAGGGACAACCGUCCACCGGACAGGGUACCUUCUGCCGGGGCCCUCCGUGCACUGCAUUUUUCUUCCAAAUCAUCCCCUAGAUGCCUAAAUGAUAUCUUUAAAGUAACACAGAAGUUUUUAUUUUAUUAAAAAGCAUAGCCUACUUAAACAUAAGAUGACAUAGAUAGAGUUCCAUUUUACGGUCCCGCGGAAGGGGAGCGCCUCCGGCCUUACUCUCCAGUGUCCGGUCCUGUGUGCUUUCGCUUCCCCGUGUGCUCCUAGCGCACACGGCUCCUUGUCGGGUUUCUUUGCUUUUCUUCUUUUUCACCUGCCACACCAGCCCUCGGCCACGUAAUGCCGUUUCUAAGUAUGCGUGACGUGUCGCCAUCACUGUUUGCCUGGCUGUUAUUUUCCGCAUCCCGGAGAGAAAAGAUUCUCCUCUGAUGGCCAAAGCCCCGGAAUAAAGGAUUUCCACGCACCCAGCCUAACACCCAGUGUAGCUCUUGGGGUGCCCUUUUGUGACAUGGCCGGUGGUGCCCGCCUUAGCCCGGUGCGUGCGUGGUCCCGAGGCAGGCACCGGCCGCCGGGGAAGGAGGAGGGAGACACCCCCCCCCCUUUUCUGACCUGCCCGCUCGGCAGCAGAAGCCCGGCCGGGCCCCCCAGCUGAAAGGCGUCCGCGUCUGUAAUCGGGUGCGGGUCGGGGCGCGGUGCCUGUCGCAGGCGGCUUGUAGAGUGGGUUGAGAGGUUCGCGAAUCGGUAGGAAGGUGUCACCGAAGUCUGUCUUCCCUGUCUUCUGUGGAGCUGUGUCUUUCUGUGCGUCCUGAACGCCCGUCCGUGAGUCAGUGUUACUCAGAUUCUUCCGGCCCCCGCCACGCACCCCGUCGUGCACCGGCUCCUCACCGGCCCGGCUCGGCCGGGGGGGGGGGGGGGGAGUUUCUAGCACCUAAUGCACUUCCUUCCACUUAGCAGAGCCUGAGCAACUGGAAACCCCCAUUUUUCUCACUAGUGCAAUGUCAUGUCAGCUCCCAGGGGAGCCCGGAAAAAUAAAGGUCGGUGUAUCCUAACUUGUGAAGGUCAAA